GGGCGGGACCCUCCCCCGGGCGAGGGGCGGGCUCCUGGCUGCGCGCGCUCCCGCACCGAGAGGCGCGAUGGCACCGAUCGAGGGGCCCAGAGUCAAGAAGGUGAGUUUCGGGGAUCCCGGGAGGUACUCAGCCCUCCUGGCCGGCGGGCUCCACCUCAGUCCCUGGCCAAGCUCUGCGGCCCGGGCGAGGCACCUGGAGGGCUCUGAGCCUCCGUUUACCCCCUCGCUAGUCUCCAGGACUACAGUACCGCCUCGGUGUCAGGAUGAGAUAGCAAUCUUGAGUACCAGCUAUGGAGUCUCGCCUCGGUACCUGCACCGCGCUAGUGCUCUAUGCAAAUUAUCUCCGCUUCACUUUUAUUCCCACUUUACAGGUGAGGAAACUGAGGCUCGGAGUCAGCAGACUAGUUCAGGCUCAUAGAUCGGGUCCAGGUGGAGCAGGUAUUUGAAAUAUAGCCUUUUAGACUUAGAUGGCGCUCACGUUUUCUACCCUCAGCCCACCUGCACCCACAGCUCUUCCACUCAACUGUCCCAGAGCGCGUUCCUCUCACGUUUGAGGAAGAGCGGUUGUCUGAACCCAAGCCUCGCACUGGCCUGAAACCAGUCCCGCAUGCGGACACCUCAGACCCGCAGCGGGGAUGGAGGGUGGGGGUGUGCUGGGCGGAGGGGUAGGGGCUCCACCUCAUGCAGUCCUGCAGUACCGGUCUCCUAGCUCCCCUUUCCUGAUGUGCUUGCCAGCUGUCGCCCUGUUCCCCCAUUUUCACACUAGAUGUGCGCGUGGUGGGGAGGAGAGGUGACAAAACACAAUUAGGAAGGGCAUGAACUUGGGCGCGGAACAUCUCCAAACUCUGCAAAGCGAGCCACCUGUGCCAGGUAUUCAGAAGAGAGAGUGGGCAAGGCAGUGGCAGGAUAGAAGUGGAAACGUGCACCAGCAUUUCAUUUAUACUAAAAAGAUAGGGGCAACCAAGAUGCCCCACAGUCCUGGGCUCUGUAAAUAAAGAUCACUCACUUAAUAAGCUAUUGCUGCUGCUGCUGCUAAGUCGCUUCAGUCGUGUCCGACUCCGUGCGACCCCAUAGACGGCAGCCCACCAGGCUCCCCCGUUCAUGGGAUUCUCCAGGCAAGAACACUGGAGUGGGUUGCCAUUUCCUCCUCCAAUGCAUGAAAGUGAAAAGUCAAAGUGAAGUCGCUCAGUCGUGUCCGACUCUUAGCGACCCCACGGACUGCAGCCUACCAGGUUAGGCAGCCAAUUAAAAAGUUGAGUGUGGAAACAGGCAAAGGGCUUUGGCAAUAAGUUACAAAAGGAGAUAUGAAAUGUCACACACUGAUCCCAACUAUAUAAAAAUAUUUAUAUACACACUGUACAGAAAGACACGAUAAUGAUAGUAAUUACAUAAGAUGUGGAAUAUGAGUUUAAAAAACUUAACAAAAAACAUAUUUUGGAUAUAUUUUUCUGGUUUUAAAAGUAAAAUAUGGGCAUUGAAGAAAAUAAGCAUGAUAAAAAGAAGAACCUUAUGCUGAUUUCUUUCUCUAAUAUUAUGUUUACUUUUCAGUUCAUUUCUUUAAAGGUUUUUUUUGUUUGUUUGUUUGUUUUUUUAAAUAUGCUUCCCCUGUUCUAUUCCCUGCUGGCCUCUGCUCUUUGCAACACCAAGAUUUUCAUAUGAGAGCCCAUGCUAAUGUGGGCCUGGGAGUUAAAUGUUAGUGAGGUAGAGCUAACCUCACCACUCUUCUCAGCUAACAGGUGCCUCUUAAAUAUUCAUUUAACUGCCACAGAGGACAGGUCCAAUUGCUUUCUUUAAUACAAAUGAGCAGUCCCGGUGGCAAUUUCAGGCAGAUGGAAAGAUAUUUUAAGUAGACUGGACCUCUGGCAGCUUCCUGCCACAAAGUGAAGUUGCCCUACUCCUCUGUAUGUGAAUAAAGGUGCCCUGAAGCCAGAUCUUAAAUCCAAGAGGUCUAGAUACUGCUAUCUGCAAAAAGAGGGCAUCAGUGCCUCUCAGAGCUCACUCAGAUCCCAGGAGAGUCACUGCCAAACAGAAAGGGAGGAUGGAAUGAAAAUAUAGACAUAGUGCAAAUAAUUUACAGUGUUCUUUAUUUUACACAGUCCUCUGUCAUUUUAGAGCUAUAUUUAGAUUGUAAAGGUAUAGCAGUUAACUGAGGUGUUAAAUCUAGCAGUGAAAGAGGGGCUAAAAGAUGCUCUGAUUGCAUAUCUUGAUAAUUUAUUUUGCUAAUAGCUGUUUAGAAAACUGGCAAAAUUUUAAAAUACUGGACAAACAUCCAGAUGACAGAUAAAAAUGUCUUACUUGUUAUCAUGAAGGCAACAGUCAAAUUUCCACCAUCAUUUUCUUAAAACCCUAGCUAAUUUUCUAUGAGUAUUAUUUUUUUCCCUCCUUGUCAGGACCAAACUUGUAACAUAUGAGAUAUGUGACAUUUUCAAAACAGUUCAGUCAUCUGCUAACUCUUGGCAUAGUUUAUUAAGGGCCUACAUCCCCUGUGGCUCAGAUGGUAAAGAAUCUGCCUGCAAUGCAGGAGACCCAGGUUCGACCCCUGGGUCAGGAAGAUCCCCUGGAGAAGGGAGUGGCAACGGACUCCAGUUUUCUUGCCUGGAGAAUUCCAUGAACAGAGAAGCCUUGCAGGCUACAGUCCAUGGGAUCGCAAAGAAUGGACACGACUAAGCGACUGUCACUUUACUUCACUUUGGGUGCUGUAUGAGGUGGAGAGACAAGAAGGUGACAAGACAGGCUUGUCAUCUGAGCCUCAAGCAUCUUACAGCCAAACAGAGGCAACAGGGCCUUUUGGAACGUCUGGAUAGUGGGGAGGUUGUGGUUGGAGAUGGCAGCUUCCUCCUAACUCUGGAGAAGAGGGGCUACGUGAAGGCCGGGCUCUGGACUCCAGAAGCCAUAGUAGAGCAUCCAAGCGCAGGUCGCUCUCACAUGGAAUUCUUGAGGGCGGGAUCAGAUGUCAUGCAGACUUUCACCUUUUCUGCCAGUGAGGACAACAUGGAAAGCCUGUGGGAAGCAGUAAACACCGCUGCCUGUGACCUCACCAGAGAAGUAGCCGACAAAGGGGAUGCUUUGGCAGCAGGGGGGAUCUGCCAGACAUCGUUAUACACACACCACAAGGAUGAAGUUAGAAUUAAAAAGCUUUUUCGACUACAGCUAGAGAUUUUUGAGGCCUGGAAAAAUGUAGAUUUCUUGAUUGCAGAGUAUUUUGAACAUGCUGUAGAAGCUGUGUAGGCUGUAGAAGUCUUAAAAGAAUCUGGAAAGCCUGUGGCAGCCACUAUGUGCAUAGGCCCAGAGGGAGACAUGCAUGGUGUAACACCUGGAGAAUGUGCUGUGAGGCUGGUGAAGGCAGGGGCCUCAGUUGUUGGUGUGAACUGCCGAUUUGGGCCCUGGACCAGCCUGAAGACAAUGAGCCUCAUGAAGGAAGCCCGACAGGCUGCAGGGCUGAAAGCACCCUUGAUGGUGCAGUCCCUGGGGUUCCACAUGCCCGACUGUGGCAAAGGAGGGUUUCUGGAUCUCCCUGAAUAUCCCUUUGAUGAGCUCGGUAUUACAGCGCUGGAGCCCAGAGUUGCAACCAGAUGGGAUAUUCAAAAGUACGCCAGAGAAGCCUACAACCUGGGGGUCAGGUACAUAGGCGGGUGCUGUGGCUUUGAGCCCUAUCACAUCAGAGCGAUUGCAGAGGAGCUGGCCCCGAAGAGGGGAUUUUUGUCACCAGCUUCAGAAAAACAUGGCAGCUGGGGAAGUGGUCUCAAUACGCACACCAAACCCUGGAUUAGAGCCAGGGCUAGAAGGGAGUAUUGGGAGAAUCUGCGGCUGGCUUCUGGCAGACCUCUCUGUCCUUCAUUGUCAAAGCCAGAUGCCUAAGGAGUAAUGAAC